UUUCCCGCCCUCCGACAUUCACGACGACGACAGGCACUGCCUGCGGGCAGUGGACGUCCACUCCGCCCCUGCCCAGUGCUUGUCCUUCCUCUCCUCCCAAAGUCGAGCAAAGCUUUCUGGGGCAGACGCGUAUGUUCGAGGGAGGCGGUGUGAGGCACUUGUGUCAUGCUCAGGGCACUCCUGCGCACCGUAUCAAUCGUUCGGCCAGCGCUACCCGCUGCGCACUGAUAUCGAGGACACACAUCAGGGUCGUACGUCAGCGGUAAUGAUACUAUAACUACUGCUGACGUGCGGCUCUCCCGCUCGCUAUGGCAUGUCCCGCUCAUCCAUCCAAUGCGACUCUCGUUAGUGCCCUAGUGGCGGCGCUCAACCCCUCCUCGUCCCCCGACCCCGUCUUGGUCCAGGCCUUGGCCGCCUCGCUCGGCCCCAACGCCACCUCCAACGGCAACCUGCUGCAGUCUCUCACCUGCAGCGGGCUCCUGUCCGACACGUGCAUUGCGAUAUGCCCCAACCAGGACCUCGCCGGCAUCGGCGUGCGCAUCGCGUUCUACUUCCAGAGCCUCGUCUCCGCACUACUCGUCGUGCUCUCUCCGUCCGACUCUGUCCCCACAGCAUGGGCGGGCACGCUCCUGACAGGUGCACUUGUCGUCGCCGCCAUGGUCUCAAAGGCGUCCGGGAACCUGACCCUGCACCACGCGACGCUCGUCCUCAACUUCGCGACGCUGUCGUGCAUCAGCAGCCUCGCCGUCGCGCCGAUGCUGCCCAUCUGGCGGCUCACGCCAGGUGAGUACUUUGAGCAAGACCGGCAGCAGCACGCGCUUGGCCUGUCCGCGUCGGGCGACAAGCACGGCCGCGCGACGGCGGCACUGAACCGGCGCAUCGUCGAGAGCGCGGCGCUGCGGAACGCGCGCAAGCGCGAGGUGAAGCGGGCGCAGCGGCGCGCACGCAUGGUGCUCUCGCUCGCGCUCCUCAUCCAGGUCGUCCUCCAGUGGGCCUGGGGCGUCUACCUGUUCACCGCGUGGACGUACAGCCAGCCGGCGUGCAGCGCCGACACGACCCUCGUCCUCUUCCUCGCGCCCUUCCGCACCCGCACGCUCAACAGCCUCGCUACCCACAGCAACGGCGGCGGCGGCACGCGCUUCUUCUCUGGCCCGUCUGGCUCCU